CUAAUUCGCAUCCAGGAUCUUCUGGACUGGCCUUGGGAGUUCAUUUGGUGGCUGAUGGAUCAAGACGUCCGUCGUCUUCUGCUCUGACCGGGGGAGUUCUUUUGGAGAUCACGACGUCGUCCGCAGUCCCUGUCACUCGCCGUGUGGCCGUGCAGAUAAGUUAGAUGACAUCGAUGUAAACUGAGAGGAAAGGGGGGAAGCUUCUGGAUUAUAGGCACUAAGUGCAGAUCAUGAGGCUUUGGAGAUGAUCCUAAUAAUCGGUGCAGUGCAACAAGCUUUGAAAGGUAACUUCAGUUGACGACAACGUGCAGCUGACCUCCAAACAACAACAGCAGUUUCAUUAACAGGAUUCGGCGGAGAGCGAGAAAAGCACAGGAUUCAGCGGCAUUGGUGGCUUCGACUUUCUUGAUCUUGGUUUAGGGGUUGCUGGCCAAAAUCUUGGAAUGCCCAGUGAUGAUAAGUGGAGGCAGCAGCAAAUUCUAGAGCUUGAGGUUUAUCUAAAGAGGAUCGAACUUCUGCGGGAACAGGUUACCGCUGCUUGAGAAGACCUCAGGUCAUCAGAAGUUUGAUCACUAUGGAACGUAUGCAAAAUAAUGAAGGUCGUACACCGUUUGAAGACUUGACAACACCACCAAUCGAGGUGACAAGACAACAUCAAAUUCACAAGCGCAAGUUGAUGAACGUGUGCAACGUAAAAGGGAAAGAGAAAAAGCACGGCAUGCAUCAAUGACUCAAACAGAAAGGGAUGAAAAAAAUAAAAAAAUUAGGGAAAAGUAUCAUCAAAAAAAGACAGAAACUGAAAUAUCUGCUGGCUCAAGAGGUCCACCACAAACAAAUUUUAACAACCAAACAUACAAUAAAUAUUUAUUCACAUAUAGUUACUUUAUCUUUGAUUAUUACGUAAAUAGGUGUUGGGGUUGAAUCUAACAAGGAAAACACAGAUGCCAUGAGUCUAAAAAGGGAAAGGGUAAAGGCGCGAUUUAUGGCGAUGACUCAGGAAGAAAGAAAUGAAAAAAAUAGAAAGCGUCGUGAACGAUAUCAUCAGAAAAAAAUAGUUGGAGUUUAAACAACCGCAGAGAGCACUGAUGGCUAUGAAGAUAGUGACUGGCUACAUCGAAACAACUCAUACAAUCCCAUGCAUAUUGAUAAAGAUAAUACAUGUACCAUUUUGAUUUUUUUCCUAUUACUAAUUAUUUUUUCUUGUGUUUUACAAUGUGGAUGCCAAAGUUAAAAUCAUGUUAUUAUAUAUAUGUAGAUGAAUACUCUGAUAGAUGUAUAAAUCAAAGUGGCAUGAUUGACAUGACUGAUGCAUCACUUGAUAUAACCCCAGGUGUUAUAAAUGCAUCCAGUUCCAUCGAUAAUUUAGUCAUGUGUCCAAAAGAGCGUAUGCGUGAGCUACAUAGAGCACGAAGGGCUGCAAUGUCUCCUGAACAAAAGGCGUUAUUAAAUAAGAGACGACGUGACUUGUACGCACAGAAAAAUGCUGCAAGAAAACUGCAAAUGACUCCACAAGAAAAGAAAGUGAAACGGAAAGAGAGCAAGAAAUACUAUAAUAGGAUGGUGAGGGAAAACCGAGCCAACAAUUUGCAUCCGGACUCAAUUGCCAUGGAGAGCCCUCACUUCAACCCUCAAAUUAUUUUCCCUGCUUCACCUCAAUCGCCUGAAGCAUCUUUAGAUGAUAUGGAAAUACCUGAAUUCGGCUGCACGCCUGUCCACAUUGCACCAACUGUAGUUCAAAAUCCAGAAGUCCAGACCCCGGAAUUGGUUGCGGCACAGACCAUACAUAGACAUCGAGUGACCACUGGCGAGAGAAAUGCCCUUUUGUCCCGUCGCAAUCGGGUUUUUGAAGCAAACAUUGGAAGAAGCGCUAGUGGUCCUGUAGAUGGAAAAUGCAACGAUUCGAACGGACUGACUCAACCGAGUGUUGUUUGCAACGAUGGUGUCACCCAACAAACUCCAAUUCAAGCAUCUAAUAAUUGUAUAGGCACACAAACACAACCGUCUGUAGCUGACGGUACCUCUUCAAUGCCUCCAUAUAGUGCACAAGAUCAUACAUCGGACUCUAUGGUCGAGGAUGACUAUGACGAAGAUGUCAUAUUUGAGGAGGACGAGGAAGAGGAUGAGGCAUACUUUUUCGCCGGUCAAGAAGACGAGGAGGAGGGAACCGAUGUCGACACAUAUGAGCAAGAGAAUAGUGAGCCUGAUGUCCCAGAUCCAUAUGACCGGGUCUAUGCUAAUGUCCCGUCAGAGUCACACAUGUUACCCUUGGUGCCGAACUGCAAGCACUGUAACGCAAAGAAAUUCGAUGGCGAACCCCCCGGAUUCUGUUGUAGGGGUGGAAAGAUUCAUCUUUCAAGUCCCGAGACACCACCAGAGCUCAUGAGGUUGUGGUCAUGCUCGGACGCUGAUGCUAGGCACUUUCGUGCAAACAUCAGAUACUUCAACGGCCACUUCUCUUUCACAUUUUUGUACUGCCAUCUAGAUCGUAUCACCACUAACAUGCGAAUCUGUGGUGUCUACACAUUUCGUGCCCAUGAUCAGAUUUACCAUAACAUACGAUCAUUUGGUAAAGAGGAAGGUGUCGAAAAAAGACACCUCGAACUUUAUUUUUAUGAUGAUGACCCGUCCCUCGAGCAUCGCAUGAGCAAGUGUCGUGAGCAAUGUGCUCAAAAAGACAGAGAAGUUAUACAACAAUUGGUAGGGAUCCUUGAAGGGAAUCCCUACUCUCAGCAACUAAGAAGUAUGGGUCAUGUUGAAAACCUCGAGGAUUACCGAGUUGAGCUGAACCUUGACCAACGCCUUGAUCAAAGAACAUAUAAUGUGCCGUUGACAUCAGAGGUGGCUGCCGUAUGGGUUGAGGGUAGUGAGCGUCACGGCCAAUUUGAGCAUAGUGUUCUCCUCCAAGGGAAGGAUCGGUCUAUACAUGGCAUCCGCUCAUAUAAUGCAUGCUACGACUCACUAUCAUACCCGUUGUUCUUUCCAAAGGGUGAGCUCGGGUGGCACAAUUGCAUUCCAAAAGUGGGUGUAACUAUGGCUCAAAUUGAUCGAGCUCGAGCAACCCGUAAAAGGCGUGCUGAGAAUGGUGACGACGAUGGAGAACCUGUUUCAAAUACAUGUGUCUCAGUGCGCGACUACUAUUGCUACAAGUUUCAGAUGCGGCCAGGGAUAUUUAAUCCAAUACUUUAUGGCCGACGCCUUUUCCAGCAGUUUGCCGUCGACACCUACAUCAAGAUUGAGAGCUCACGUUUAGACUACAUGAGGAACAAUCAGGAUACAUUGAGGGCUGACCUAUACCAAGGCCUCGUGGAUAGCAUGCAUUCGGGUGAAGGGUCUGCUGAGAAUGUUGGACGGCGUACUGUGUUGUCUUCGUCAUUCAUUGGAGGACCACGUGACAUGAGGCGUCGAUACAUGGAUGCAAUGGCUCUGGUUUGAAAGUAUGGUAAACCUGAUAUCUUCCUCACAAUGACAUGCAACCCUAAUUGGGAUGAGAUCAAGAAUGAACUUUACCCAGGCCAGACACCACAGACACCACAGGACCGCCCAGAUCUCGUCACACGGGUCUUCAGAGCAAAGUUGGAUGCAAUGAGAAAAAUGUUGAUGGAGAAAGACAUACUUGGUAAGGUGAAGGCCUACGUAUAUGUAGUAGAGUUCCAAAAGAGGGGAUUACCGCAUGCACACUUCUUGCUAAUAAUGGAACGAAAGUACAAGCUCACAUGUCCCGAGCAAUAUGACAUGAUCAUUAGUGCAGAGCUACCAAAUAAGAAAAAAUACCCUGAGCUAUACAAAAUGGUCACGAAGCAUAUGAUGCAUGGUCCUUGCGGGACGCUUAA